CCCAAAACCCUGUUAUAAGCUGGUUACCAACACUGAUAUAUACCACGAGACCAAGCCAAUCAGCAUUCAGGAUUAGUAAGGUUUAUUUAAUGACCUGUAACCGAUUCCCUUUAUGUGUACAGUUCUAGUAAAGAUGUUUUUCACCCAGCUUCACGUUGUCUUUCUUCCUAGAGAUGUCGGCCGAGGUCAUGGGGAACUCUGUCCAGGACUGUGGUGUCUGGACUGACACCCCUGGUUAUGAAAAGAAAGGCUUAAGACCAGACCUGCAGUGUCCAGGGGCUCUGCAGGGGAAGAUGCCCCCACAGCGGUGCUGCUUCCUUGGGGUGGAGACGAGGACAGAGCUGCGGUGGGAGAACUGGAAGCUGGGAGGGGAGUUCACUAAGACCCUGCUGCUGAAGAACGUCCACAGCAAACUGCAGAAAUUACGCUUCAGGUCUCCUGUGUCAAAGUUCUUCACCACCCUGUUUCCACAGAUGAUCACUUUGAGUCCUGGAACCUCGUUCUCUCUUCCCAUUACGUUCCGACCACUGGACAGGUGUGACUACCAGGACAGUAUAGAGUUCCAGAGUAACGACGGGUCCUUCACGGUGACUCUGAGUGCGACCCUCCCCCGCCACGCCCUGGACCUACCCGAGUCUGUCCUCGUGCCUCCCUGCGCUGUUCUCCACCAAUCACAGACCACCUUUAUGUUCCGCAAUAUCAGUAAGCUCCAGACAUGGUUCCAGUGGGAGGUGUCCUGUCCCUUCCAGCUGUCUCCAGAGAGAGGAGUGCUGCAGGCCCACCAGGAGUGUCAGGUCACGGUGCUCUUCAGACCACAGGAGGCCCUGGUCUACCAGGUGGAGGCCAGCUGUGUCUUCGGAGAGGAGGGAGAGAACAGCUGUACUGUCUUACUGCAGGGCCUGUCCAAGUACCCGUUCCUUCAGGUCAACGCCUCGGGCCAAGAGGAGGGGUUCAAGGUGCUGGAGUUUGGCAGCGUGCCCGUGGGCUCCACGGCAGAAAGACACUUGGAGAUCCUUAAUCCGUGCUCGAUAACGACUUCCUUCAGUGUGUCCCGAAUGCGUCACCCAGCGCUGUCUGAGUCUUUGUUCCAGUGCAGCGUCCAGAAGGGGGAGUUGGCCCCUCGGACCUCCAUUAAGGUCCCGGUGUUGUUUACUCCUCUGGAGGUGGACAGUUCCUCUGUGGACUACCUGUCUCUCAGGUGGCCCGGAGCUCUCAGCAAAACCCUGAUCAAAGUCACCGGCGCCUGCAUAGGCCCCCGGGUGACCCUGUCCUCCUCUGUGCUGGACUUUGGCUGCGUGGAGGAGGGGCAGGAGGCCAAGCGCUCUGUCGUCAUGGUCAACUCGUCUUCGGUGGAGGCGCGCUAUCAGUUUGACCUGGAUGCCUCUGGCAACGGUGUCUUCAGCCUGGAACCAGCCUGGGGGGUCCUGCCGGCCAACAGCAGCCAGAGCCUGAAGCUGACCUACAGACCUCAGCACCCCAUCGGACACCACCGUAGACUGGCCUGUCUGCUGCUGCACAGGGAGCCUCUGUUCCUGGAUCUGCUCGGCACCUGCCACUCUGAGCAGCAGACGCCAGCCACCCUGAGACCCAGACACCUGGUUCUGUACCAAAAGAACUGGUCCCGUGGUCUGACCUACUACCCUCCAGAUGUGCUCAGUGCCAUGCUGGCAGAAGGCAAGCUCCAGGUGGACCAGGAGGGAGCUCUGCUGUUACAGGAGUAUUGUUCACAGCCUGAUGUCGUGGUGCCUGAGGAGAGAAGCCCAAUGGAGGAGUAUUACCAGGACUGUGCCGGGGGCAUCAUGGACGCCGAGCCAGGGGUCAGACUCUCCUCCUCCCACAUCACGGUGGACCCCCCGGAGCUGACCUUCUACAACAGUUCCUCCUCCUCCUCCCAGUCGGUGACCGUCUACAACCACACCAAGGGCAAGCUCAGCCUGUUCUGGACGUCGGCUAAGGACUCCACCUUCUCCGUCUCACCCUGGUCAUGCGAUCUGGGACCCCUGAAGUCGACCUCGUUCAGGGUCAGCUACACUCCCCGGCAGCAGAAUACCUUCCACGGGGCACAGCUGGAGUGCUUUGCUCUGUACAAGGUGUUGAGGGAUUUUACGCUGGUAGAUGAGCGAACCCUGUGUCCCUCCUGGUGUGUGACAGUCCGGGUCAGUGGACACUCUUUCCAGCCUGACCGGGAGCACUUCAUACCCCGCCUCUCCCUGCAGCGCCCCCAGGUGGUCUUCCCUCCUCUCAGCCUGGUCUCAUACCGUACCGUGCUGUUGGAGAACCUCGGGGACCUGCCCCUGGUCUUCAGGCUGGACCCAGAGGAGUGUCCGUCGGUCAGUGUUCGGCCCACCAGCGGCCUGGUCCUGCCGGGACAACACCAGAUCCUUACGCUCCGGGCCGCCCCGGCAGAGCACUGUCCUGUCCGGUUGCCCAUCUCCUUGCAUCUCAACUCCAGCCCCAGAUACACACAGCAGCUGCGGGUGGUCAGCGUGCUGGAGAAGCCGCGUGUGUGUCUGGAGGGCGACGGCAGCCUGUUCUUCAAACCCACAGCGGUGGGCUCCUGCUCGCAGCGACCCCACAGGGUCAGGAACCUCAGCAGCCUGCCUCUACGGUUCCUCUGGAGGAUCUCCGGACCUGACCGGCGCCUCCUCUCUGUGGAGCCUGAGACGGGCGUCCUGCUGCCCAACGACACCAUGGUGCAGACUUGGUCCUUCACUCCAUCAGAGGAGAUGGUUUACAAUCUGAAGCCCAAACUGACCUUCUGGCCAAUCCAGAUGCCUGGUUGCAGGAAGUCCCGCCUCCCCUUGAAAGUUGUGGGCAUGGCCUCCAAAGGUUCCAUCCAGGCAGAGUGUGCGGUGCUGGCCCUGGGGGAGGUGUUGGUGGGAGAUUGCAGGACCUUCCAGGUUCCUCUGAUGAACAACAGCACCUGUCCUGUCACCUUCUCCCUGACCGUGCUGCAGAGGCUGCUUGACGGGGACCAGGCUGAGGAUGUCCACGGUGACCCUGUCGCUCUGGAGUUGGACUCUAUGAGAGGCACCAUCCCAGCUCAGUCCAGGCUGCUGAUCCGGUCAACAGUGAGGCCUGCUAGGAGGGCUAGAUACUGCUGGGAACUGACCUACCAGACACUCAGCUCUGCAGGGUGUGUCCUGGAAGUCCCCCAGCCUCUCUGCCAGGUGCAGGCUGAGGGGGUGUUUCCCACCCUGGAGGUGACAGACGGCCGCUGUGCUGGCAGCAUGGAGGGGCUCAGCAAAUUGCAGCUCUGGAGCCUCUUCUCACUGGACCACCUCAAUUCCUACCUGAAGAGAGACCCCGCCCCGCCAGAACUCACCUACCGCGUCCCCACCAGACACAGUUUACGUCGCUGCCCCUCCGUCUUCACGUCAGCCAUGUUGGAUUUUGACUUCAGUGCUGCUCCACUGGGCUCGGCUCCCUCCAGCGUGCUUCUAAUGUUUGAGAACACUGGCAACAUCCCUGUUGAGUGGUCAUUUCUGUUCCCAGAGGACCAGCAGAUAGAGCUGGAGUACUGGGCUGAGACGGGGGAGUUUAGCAGCACAGAGCUGCACCAGAUGAAGGUCCAGGAUAACAGGCUGUUCAACAUAGAGCCCCGCUCUGGAAAACUACAGCCAGGACAGCAGAGAGCAGUGUCUUUUACCUACAGACAUGACUUUACUGGUCCGAACCGCCUCCCAGUCCUGUUCAAGCUGUCUCAUGGCAGAGAGAUCCUGUUGAACUUCAUGGGGGUGACAGUGUUGAAAGACAAACCCUACCUCCGCCCUACCUCCACCAAGCAUGUCUUUGCCCCCGUCGCCAUUGGAGGGUUCAGUCCGCCUAAACAGGUGUUUGAGCUGUACAACGGCGGGGCAGUCCCGUUGACCUACCUGGUGGACACGGACCCCCUGGAGCAGCUGACGGCUGAUAACUUUGGCCACCCGGUCCUGCAGUGUCUCACCCGCCAGGGAGAGGUGCAGCCUGGGAGGACUGCCCUGCUGGAGUGGGUCUUCUACCCCUUGGAGGCCAAGACCUAUAGUGUGGACCUCCCUAUCACUGUCCUGGAGGGGGACACCCUUCUGAUGACAUUUGAGGGCUGUGGUUUUGAUGAACAGGUUCUGGCGGAGUCGGCUCCAGUCCAGCUCAUGAACCCCCACAUGUCCGUGCCCAGCACUCAGAGGUUACCGCUGCCUGACCAGGUGGUCUACCUGUCAGAGGAAAGAGUGUCCAUUGGAGACAUCCCAGUCUGCUCUCGAUCCACGCGGAUCCUUUUCCUCACCAACGUGUCCCACACUGACAGAGUCCUCUAUGCCUGGAACAUAACAGACCAGGCGGUUCUGAUCCAGCCAGAUCAUGGUACUCUGGCCCCAGGGGAGACUUCUCUGUGUGUUCUGACACUCCUGGCCUCGGGCAGUCCCAGCUUCUACCAGCUAGACCUCAUCUGUGAGGUGACCCUGGAGGAGGCUGUGUCUCAGUACCACCAGGAGCUUCAACGGUGGGAGCAGGAGAGAGAACGACAGAACAAUGAGUUUACUAUCACUGAGAAAGACCUGCAGCAGACAGGCAGCAUUCCCCUGGGUCACACACAAAACACUCAGGAGUGUGAUCAAUUUCCACAGAGACCAGGCCCAGCCGUCAGGAAAUACAAGACCCUGCCUCCUAUCCGUGGGAGCAGCAGCAGCUCCCUGGUCGGAGGCCCGUGUUCCAGGCCAAGCCGCGCCGAGCGGAGGGCCCAGAGAGAGGCAAGCAAGGUGUGGAGGAAACCUGAGCCUCCCCGCCCCUCCAUGCUUCACCUGGGGGUCACCGCCCGCUCACACUCCCUUCUGGAGUUCCAGGCUUUCUUCCCCACCCUGCUCAGCAGGCAUCAUGUCAACAGUUUGUCCCAGGCCAUGGUUACCCGCUCCGGUUCCGGUCUCCCGCCUGCAGACAUCCCUCAUGUUCUCCACGGGCCAGAAAGAGAGAUCCUCACGCAUGUCAUCACCUCCAUACUCAGGAACCUCCUGGACGAUCCUCAGUUCCACCUCUGUCUGCUGGAAUCCGAGGCGGUGCCGUACUACGCCCAGCUGACUACACACGGCCGCGCCUCCUUCCCAACUCCCCCCGCCGCCUCCACGGCCUACCUCCACGGAGCCACUCCUGGGGAGGCUCCUCCACCGAGCCCUGGCCUACCUCCACAGCUCGGCACAGGGGAAGGUCUAUGUGGCGCAGAGGUAACAGGGUCGCAGAUUCAGGAGGCAGUGAAGAAGGAACACCAGCUCAACGUUCAGGAGACCAUCCGCAGGUUGCCAGAGUUCUGUGACCUGGCAGAAGAAGUUCUCCUCAACACCAUACAGAACCUGAUGGUGGAGGCCUUCCUUGGGGAGCUGGUCCUCACGGCCCGUCCGAGAAUCAUCGCCCUGCCGCCGGUUUGUAACAGAAGAACCAGCUGUGGUUCCGCAAGGCUGUCAAGAGCAGCUGCGGGCCCAGAGAGGAGCAGAGAAACCAGGGGGGCUUCUCCCGUUCUCAGCUCCAACCCUACUAACCUGGAGCUCCAGUGACCCCUGGGAUCGGUGGUAUGACACGGACCACACCGGUGUUGCUCUCCACACCAUUCAAGCAUUAACAUAUGACUUCACACCCAUUAAGUAUUUCCAUAAACUCUUGCUGUUUCAGUGCCAAAACGGCUCUACUGUCAGGGCUUGU